CCUGGUGGACCUGGACCCUCUACCUGGUGGUGACCCCGUCCACCCUGGGGGGUCAGGGGUCGGAGGACGACCCCGUGGUGCGCACCCAGUACGGCCACCUGCGUGGCCUCCGGGCCUCGCUGCCCAGCGAGCUGCUGGGCCCCGUCCAGCAGUUCUUGGGGGUCCCCUACGCCGCCCCCCCCGUGGGCCCACGACGCUUCCAACCCCCCGAGCCCCCCACGGCCUGGCCGGGCGUCCGUAACGCCACCCAGUUCGCCCCCGUCUGUCCUCAACGGCUGGACGAACGGACGCUGCCCAGAGACAUGCUGCCCAGCUGGCUCAGCGCCAACCUGGAGGCCGUGGCCGGACUCCUGAGGGAGCAGAGCGAGGACUGUCUGUUCCUCAACGUCUACGUGCCCACCGAGGACGACGUCCACGAGCCGGGCGCCCGCCGGCCGGUCAUGGUGUACAUCCACGGCGGCUCGUACAUGGAGGGGACGGGGAACAUGAUCGACGGGAGUGUGUUGGCGAGCUACGGCAACGUCAUCGUCAUCACCCUCAACUACCGCCUGGGCAUCCUGGGCUUCCUCAGCACCGGCGACCAGGCCGCGAAGGGCAACUACGGGCUCCUGGACCAGAUCCAGGCGCUGCGCUGGGUGGAGGAGAACGUGGGUGCCUUCGGGGGGGACCCCAAGCGCGUCACCGUCUUCGGCUCCGGCGCGGGCGCCUCGUGCGUCAGCCUGCUCACGCUCUCGCACUACUCGGAAGGACUGUUCCAGAAGGCCAUCAUCCAGAGCGGCACCGCCCUCUCCAGCUGGGCCGUCAACUACCAGCCCGCCAAGUACUCCCGCGCUCUGGCCUCCCAGCUCGGCUGCCCCUUCCCGUCAGACACCGCGGCCCUGGUGUCCUGCCUGCGCCUGAAAACCCCCCAGGAGUUGACGCACCAGGUCGUGACCCCGGCCACGUACCACGUCGCCUUCGGGCCUGUGAUCGACGGUGACGUCAUCCCCGACGACCCCCAGAUCCUGAUGGAGCAGGGCGAGUUCCUCAACUAUGACAUCAUGCUGGGCGUCAACCAGGGGGAGGGACUUGGGUUUGUGGAGGGUUUGAUUGACGUCCUGGAGGAAGGGGUGAGCACUUCCGCCUUUGAGACGUCCAUUUCCGCCUUCGUGGACCACCUCUAUGGCUACCCAGAGGGGAAGCAGAUGGAUGGGUGGAUGGAUGGGGACGAGGUGCCCUACGUGUUUGGGGUGCCCAUGGUGGGCCCCACAGAAGUGUUCAGUUGUAACUUCUCGAAAAAUGAUGUGAUGUUGAGUGCGGUGGUGAUGACGUACUGGACCAACUUUGCCAAGACGGGGGACCCCAACCAGCCCGUGCCCCAGGACACCAAGUUCAUCCACACGAAGCCCAACCGUUUCGAGGAGGUGGCCUGGUCCAAGUACAACCCCAGGGACCAGCUGUACCUGCACAUCGGCCUGAAGCCCCGGGUUCGAGACCACUAUCGGGCCACCAAGGUGGCCUUCUGGCUCGAACUCGUACCCCACCUGCACAACCUCAACGACAUCCUCCAGUACGUGUCCACCACCACCACGCGCGCCCCUGAUGUCACGGCCUCCUCUUCCUCCUCGCACCCCAGGCGAGCCACCAAGAGGCCCAGUGCCUCCACUUCUUCCAUCUUGGGCCCCAAGGCCUUGCGCCCAGAAGGUAAACUGAGGCAGGGGGGGACGGAACACAGCACCACCACCGUGCUGAUCGAGACCAAGCGCGACUACUCGACCGAGCUCAGCGUCACCAUCGCCGUGGGGGCCUCCCUCCUCUUCCUCAACAUCCUGGCCUUCGCUGCCCUCUACUACAAGAAGGACAAGAGGCGCCACCAGACCCACAGACGCCCCUCCAGCCCCCCAUCCACGGCCACUCGCACCCCAGCGCCCCAGGACGCCGCCCAGCGCCACCUGCUGCGCUCUUCGGCGCCCACCGAACUCCUAUCCGUGCAGCUGAACCCCAACGUCGGUGCCCACGAGGCCAGGGACCUGCAGGACGCCCUCCACCUGACCUGUCCCCCCGACUACGCGCUGACCCUGCGCAGAUCCCCGGAUGACAUCCCCCUGAUGACCCCCAGCACCAUCACCACCACCCCAGGGCCGACCUUGCACACGUUCAACACCUUUGGACUUACCCAUGAAUGA